AUGCUCGAGGUCAGGGAGACUGCUUCAGAGGGGCGCGCAUUGGCUUUAGCUGACCAGCAAAGGGCCGAGGCGGGGGCACUGUUGUUGGCGGAGGAGGCUUGUGUAUUCACAGUGUGCCACUACUGCCUGGAAGCCCUGCCGCCGUACGCAGGCAUCCCAUGUCAGGCAUGUCCGCUGGCGUGGUACUGCUGUGCGCAGCACAGGGCACUGGAUGCACAUCAUGGAGGGGCGUCCUGUGGUGUGCCCUGGCCGGUCCUGCUGCCAGAGCAGCUGGUGCUGGCCACAAGGCUUGCUGUUGUUGCGCAGGUCACAAGCCGGGACCUUGUAGCAGGCCUGGAGACGCAUGUGGGUGAUGUACCCAGUCAUCAAUUGUUCCAGGAGGCUGUGAUGUGUUUCAUCGCGGCUGCCUGCGCCGGCCUGGAGCCACAGCUUGUACUCAAGGCGUAUCGACAGGUGGUCAUCAAUGCGAUAGCGAUAACGCCUGCGGAGCACGCGAGCGCAGAGGACCGCAUGGGCCUUGCGAUCUACCCGCGGGCAGCCAUGCUGAACCACGCAUGCUCGCCAAAUGUGGCAGCUGCCUUUGCAGGCACUCGCCUCCACAUCUGCGCCACGUCAGACCUCCCGCCUGGCACCACCUUGCGCUUCUGUUAUGGGCCCCAGGCUGGGGAAAGCAUCAGGGAGGUGCGGCUGAGGCAGCUGAAGGAGCAGUAUCACUUCUGGUGCCGCUGCAGCGCCUGUGAGGCCAGCUACUCAGGCGUCCAAGAAGCCGCAAUGAUCGGCAUGAAGUGCAGGCUGUGCAAUGGGCCGGUGGUGCCGUCCAUUGGGUGCGGUGCAGAGAUGAGUUCUGAAGAGCAAAUCGAGCGGAUGGCACGACUCUCCCAGGCCGACGCCGCAUUUGCCAGCGCUUGCUUGUCGCUGGCGCAGCACAGCGCUGUUUCCGCUGAGACCCUCCAGUCGAUGCACUUCUGCCUGGAGGUGCAGGAGGUCUUGCUGGUGACCAGCAACCAAGUGCUCGGGCGCACGCAUGAUGCUCUUGCCAGGGCAUAUGGACCGCGUGGAGAUACGGAGAAUGCUAUGCUGCACGCUCAAAAGGCCCUGGACAUCGUCAGGUCAAAUUAUGGCGAUGGCCAUCUGGUCGUGGCCCACCAGCGCAGGCGUCUGGAACUCCUGGCAGCAGGCCUGUGA